UCUGUCUUUAUUGGUGGAGAUCGGAGCAGUGACCCUAGAGUGAUUGCUGAACCUGACGUGAUCUUGACCACAUACGGUGUCUUAACGGCUGCUUGUAAGAAUGAUGGGGAGAAUAGCAUUUUCCACAGAGUUGACUGGUACAGAGUGGUUUUGGAUGAAGCUCGUACCAUCAAGUCCUCUAAAACUCUGGGUGCCCAGGCUGCCUUCAAAUUGUCAUCCUAUUGCAGGUGGUGUCUUACUGGUACCCCUCUUCAGGUGGCAAAAACUGAUUCAGAAGCCAUAUGAGAGUGGUGAUUAUAGAGGGAUGAUGCUGAUCAAGGCUAUUUGGAGGCCACUAAAGCUCUACUAUUUACAGACAGAAGGAAAUAUGGUUAUAUGCUACAUCAAGCCUUCUCCUCCUAGAUUUAGACUGAUCAGAUAUGUAGCUCAUGAAAUAAUCACUACCUAUGGAUGA